AAAAAAUAACGAAAUGUUAUAUCUAGCAUGGUCGCAGGUGACUAUAAAGACCAUAAGCUGAAUCCACUCAGCCUCUAUUUGAAUUUUCCAAACAUUUGUCGAAUCUUUUCAGCAGUGAUUUGACCAGAGGACUUCAAAAUGCCACCCAAGACAAAGAAAGUCAAGGUCAAGAAGGUUGCAGCUGCACCAUAUCAAACUUCAAAACCUGCCCCUAAGAAGGCUACAAAUACAUUGAUUGAGAAAAGACCCAAAAACUUUGGAAUAGGUGCUGAUGUUCGUCCAAAGCGUGAUCUUACUCGUUUUGUCAGAUGGCCAAAGUAUAUUAGACUCCAAAGACAAAAAAGAAUUUUGUGUCAACGACUGAAGGUUCCACCAUCAAUCAACCAAUUCACACAAACGUUAGAUCAGCAAACAGCUACUCAACUGUUUAAAUUGUUGCACAAAUACCGUCCAGAAACCAAAGCCGAGAAAAAAGCAAGAUUAACACAACUUGCUGAGAAAAAGGCAGCAGGUGGCAAAGCUGAUGCAGGCAAAAAACCUGUAACAGUAAAAUAUGGAAUUAACCAUAUUACCAAUUUGGUUGAAAGUAAGAAGGCUCAAUUGGUUGUAAUUGCUCAUGAUGUUGAUCCAAUUGAAAUAGUUGUCUGGCUGCCAGCACUUUGUCGCAAAAUGGGAGUUCCAUAUUGUAUUGUAAAAGGCAAAGCUAGAUUGGGCAAGUUAGUUCACAAAAAAACAGCUACAGCCGUUGCCUUAACUGCAGUAAGACCUGAAGAUCGUCACUCUCUAGAGAAAGUCUCUGAUGCUGUGAAAACGAAUUACAACGAACGAUUCGAUGAAAUCAGAAAACAUUGGGGCGGUGGUAUCAUGGGAGGAAAAAGUCAAGCCAAGGUAGCUAAAAUGGAAAAAGCUAAAGCGAAGGAGCUUCGUGUUUAAUAAAAUAAAUCAAAUGGUCUUCUGAA